CACACACCUAUGGGGACCUGAAGAAGACAAGGGUCGGGGUGGAGAGAAGCCGACCAGCAAAAGUAGCUAAUAUAUCAUCAUCAUCAUCAUCACCAAAGGCUUUGUGAUGCGGGCACUCACCAUCUGGAUGGGCAGACACAAGUGAAGAGUACUGAACAGCAAGGAGGUGUGAAUAAAGGGUUCUUGUGGAAGUCAGACCAAACAGCAGGAAGGUAUUGCAGCAAGAUGGAUUUGGGAAAGGACCAGUCUCACUUGAUGCUCCAUCAGACACCUGAUUCUCAUCAAGAAGAGAACCAUGUUCCAGAAGUCAUUGGAACUCGGAAUUUAAGAAACAGAGAGCAACUCAGAAAAAGAAAAGCUGAAGCACAAGAAAAGCAAACUUCACAAUGGCAAUUUGGAGAGAAAAAACACAAGCGGCAGAGAACAGGAAAAAGAAGUGAAAGAGGCAGAAAGAGACAACAAAAUACAGAAACGAAGGUGGAGCCUGUGUCACAAUUAGAAAAGGAAAUGAUGGAGAAAGCACCAGCACCUACAGAGAAAGAAACUGAACCACCCAGGUGUGUGACCGAAGCUCUCCUGCCGGUAGCCUCCACGCAAAGAGUUGUACCCAAGAAACAUUUUUCUGAAAUAGGUCAAGAAAGCAUUAUCCAUCAGGAAAAUUCUUCUGAAUACCAAGAAACAGCAGUACAAAACCACCCUUCUGAAAUACGCCAAGAUAUGGCUGAAUCUGAAGACCUCUCUUCUAAAAUGUGCCAAGAAAUAGCUGUAUUUCAAGACCAUCCUUCCAAAAUGUGCCAUGAUAUGGCUCAACCUGAAGACCUCUCUCUUAAAAUGUGCCAAGAAACUGCUGCAGCCAAAGCCCUUUCUUCUAAAACAUCUGAUGAUAUAGCUGACCUGGAAGGAUGCCCUCUUGAAGCAUACCCCAAACCAGAUGUGCCUAAAGGCUACACUCUUGAAACAUACCAAAAAAGAGCUGAACCUGAGGAACACAAUUCUGAACUAGGUCAUGGAAUAGCUGAGACUGAAAACUUUGUUCCUAAAACACAAGAAAUAGCUGUGCCUAAAGAGCUUUCUAUAAAAACAUACCAAGAAACAGUUGAAACUGAACACUUUUCUCAUAAAACAUAUAAAGAAAUUGCUGUGUCUAAAGCCGCCUCUCAUAAAACAAUCCAAGAAACACCUGCUCCUGAAAAAUAUUCACCUGAAAUAUACCAAGAAACACCUGGGUCUGAAGAAUAUUCACCUGAAAUAUACCAAGAAACAGCUGGGCCUGAAGACUAUGCACCUGAAAUAUACCAAGAAACACCUGGGCCUGAAGACCUCUCUACUAAGACAUAUAAAGAUAAGGAUGUGCCUGAAGAAUGCUUUCCAGAACUGUACCAAGAAAGAGGUGGGCCCCAAGACCAGGAUCCUAAAGCACACCAGGAAGAUGCUAAGGAUGUUUAUAUUUUUCCUUGAGAAAUGAAGGAAAAACCCAAAGCAGAAGAACCAGAGAUACCAGCAAUUCCAAAUGUUCCUCAAGAGAUUCACCCAGAAAAUGAAAUUUGUAGUUCUUUUGUUAUAACCAUGUUCAACUAUCAUAGUUGUCCAACAAAAUUCACAUCUUACUACAUUAUAUGUGUGAUUUUUCUCAACAUAUGGUAGAAAUCUCUACAAUAGUCAUUAAUAUUUCAACAGUGGUUUUUCCCCCAUAUAUAGGCCAUAUCUGAAAGAGAGAACUGAUGUGAUUUUUCAGGCUCUACCACAUAGACAACAUCCUGCUAGUGUGUGUGUGUCUGUGUGCACGCCCAGGCGUGUGCACGCAUGUGUAAGUGUAGGUAUAUUAGGGAGAGGAUAGUGGUGGGAACAGACUUAAUAAUUUUUCCUGCCCUUAAUAAUUAGUCAAAUAAAUGUUUGUUUUCAGGGGAAAAUUACUGAGCCCUCCCUUUUCCCAUUUUUAAGUCUGAACAAUUAAAAUUUGAGGAAGUAUAUAGUUUUCUUAUAAACUUUGUUCAAUUACUAAUGUAACAAUAGCAUCAAAAUCUUAUUGAGGCUUCA